AAUUACUUUAUCGUCAAUAAAGAACGUGUUAAAGGCGCGGAAGGCCAGCAAACCCUGGAGCACGUACUUUAUUCACGAUAAAGUACUGCCUCGAGUACCUUAUUGCUUAAGUAUUAUAAUUGAAAGCUCGCAGAGGGGAAACCGUACGAGAUGGGGGUACUUACAAGAUUCAUGGAUAUCCUGCUUAUCCUGUUUCACUGAGCCAUGUGUAUGUCAUGAUGACGAGCCAAUCCUCUCAGUUUCCAGAAAGUGCCCACUCCCAGUUAACAAACAGCCUAGCCUAUAGUAUAAUGACAAUUCAAUUGAGUUAAUAAUUCACACUUAAAGUGUAACAGUACACUGAAAUGACAGCUAAUUUUUUUAAUUCUAAAUGAACGAAUUCUGUUUUUGUAGCUUUUCCCCUCCAGUCAGUCUUUUACACACAUACAUUGUUUUAAGUUCCUUCUAAACUGUAAGCCUUACUCUUCCCUAAACAAAGUUCUCUCUUCUACUGAUGUUUACACACCCCAAACAAAUUUCAUGACUUGAAAAUAGUGAAAUAUGGUUGUGCGUUGUGACAUGGGAGGCCGUGUUUGUCCAUAAUAGUUCAAUUCAGUCUUUUCACUUCAGUCGUCCUCAUCUCAACCUUUCAAGACACAGAAGAAACCGAUUUUUUCUUCCAGCCAUGGCAAUGCAUCCGGUAUCCGUGGUGACCCAUCAGCCUGGGACGUUCCUGGCUGCAGCAGGCAUGAAGACUGAGAUGUGGACCAGCGGCAUCUGUGACUGCUGUGAAGACAUGCAGACCUGUUGUCUAGGGUUCUGGUGUCCGUGCUGCCUGGCGUGUCAGGUGACCUCAGGCCUCGGGGAGAGUCACUGUCUCCCCCUGCUGGACUGGAUCAGUGGUGGAAUGAUCCCUCCUAUAUCUCUGGCCCUCAGGAGCACCUUGAGGGAGAGGUACCAUUUACAGGGCAGUUUGGCUAAUGACUGCUGCAUGGUCACCUGCUGCUCCAGCUGCAGCUGGUGUCAGAUGGCCCGUGAGCUGAAGGCUCGGGGCAACACCACCAUCCAGAUCAAUAUGGACCCCUCCCAGCCACCGUACACCCCUCACCUCUCCAGUUAAAAGUGACAUGGACCCAAUAGAUGGUUGACCCAAAUGGUUAUUUUAAAACACAGAUGUUGAGAGAAUAUUAAUGCAUGUAUGGGUUUAAUAUAGGAUUCUUCCCUUUAUCCCCUCUCUCUGACUCAUCCUGGGAGUUUUUCCACGUGUGCUUUGAGGAUCUUAGGUUGACAAAGAUCCAGUUUUACGGGCGUAUGUGAAGCCCUCUUUGACUUUGCUUGGAAAAAGUGCUCAACAAUUAAAAUGUGAUUUUAUUAGUCAUUGA